CCUCGCCUCGCACCUGAGUCGAACUUACCCAAGCACCCAGGGCCCAUAGCAACCUUCAAAGAGAGAGAACCACUUUAACUGGACAUGAGUCGGGUGAGGCGCAGUCCUAAUUUGGAUGCUCCAAUAAACCUAUAGUGGCGGACAGGGGUUCUGGCCCCGGAGGAUACUUUUAUUUCAAUGACUCCAAAUCUCGCAGAUGGCGUGAUUUUGCCAAUAUUUUUGCUAUAUGAACUUCGACCAGAUGUUGCGAGUUCGCGACCGCACCCUUCUGUAUUUGACACCAUUACACGACGAGGGGCACUUGAUAUUCUGUGAGCUACGAAGCCCUCCCCCUGCUUCACAAGAAAUCAGAAAUCAAGCUGGAAGACGAGGCACUAUGUCAGGCACGGCAACAGUCACCUGGGUAACCCCGCCCGCCAAAGCCCCUCCGCGACAACCGGAUAUCUCAUAUGCGCCAGACUACGACAAGUGGCAAGCUCGCGCGGCCAGACGUGUCGCAGCGGGUGGACUACCCGACAAGGUCCCCGAAGGCUUUCCCGAGCAACUAACAGGCGACUUGGUCUGGGAGGGUGAGACACUAGCUGAGACGUACGACUGGACAUAUGUCCUCAAUGGGGAGCAGCUAGCCGAGAUCGACGCAGCUCUCGCUCAUUUCAAAUCUCUUGAUCUCUCCUUCGGCCACAUAACCCAGGAGACAUUCCCGCUCCCAGAGCUACACCCAGAACUCCGCCGCCUCUCAGACGAGCUGCACAGCGGACACGGCUUCUUCGUGAUCCGCGGACUGAGAGUGGACGAGCACACGCGUGAGGAAAACAUCAUCAUCUACGCCGAGAUCUCCGCGCACAUUGCGCCUCAGCGAGGACGCCAAGAUCACAAGUACAACGGCAAACCGGCCGAUGUUGUUCUCGCACAUAUAAAGGAUCUCAGCCGCUCCGCUGCGAACAGCAUCAUCGGUAGUCCUGCCUAUACGACCGAUAAACAGGUCUUCCACACGGACUCAGGUGAUAUCGUCUCGCUCUUCGCGCUUGAGACGGCGCUUCACGGCGGCGCAAGUAAGCUGACGAGCACGUGGAGGGUGUACAAUGAGAUUGCACGGACGAGGCCGGACCUGAUCCAUACGCUAUCGCAGCCGUGGGAUUAUGAAAUUUUUGAGAAGGCGGAUAAGCAAUGGACCGAGCGGCCGCUUAUACAUCUUCUUCCUGCUUCGUCGUCGGAGAAGGGUGAUAUUCCGCAACGGAUCUCUCUUCAGUAUGGCCGUCGAUACUUUGUGGGUUUCGGCGCUCUUCCGCGCAGUCCUGAUAUCCCGCCCAUCACUGAAGCGCAGGCUGAAGCGCUCGACACGCUUCACUUUAUUGGUGAGAGGUUCUGUGUCAAUACGGAGUUCCAGAAGGGAGAUAUUCAAUAUGUGAAUAACCUUGCGAUUUUCCAUGCCCGGGAUGGCUUUAUUGAUUCGGAGGAGCAACAACGCCACCUUCUGCGUUUCUGGUUACGAGACCCAGAGAACGCUUGGUACACGCCCGAGGUGCUGAGGCCGAGGUGGGCGCAGAUAUAUGAGGGCAUCACGCCGGAGAAUGAGGUUUUCCCUAUUGAGCCUUUUGUUCGGAGUGCGGGAAACAAGGGAAGAUAG